CUUCCGUGACCUUUGACACUUCAUCAAUGGCGGCGGAUUUGUAGAAGGAACUUCGAAACCUCUCACAAUUUCCUCAAUAAAGUUGGCAAAACAACUUUUCUGAGCCAUUUAAGUCGAUAAAUAGCAAGAUAAACUAUUGGAGAAGUGACAAGGCUUUGUUUUUAACGUUGAUUAAGACGUUAACUUGUUGGUGUACAGUUUGAAUGCAGCUUCACGCGCUGGUUGACACGGGCCAUGUUUAGUCCGUUUCUUCUUCUAGUGCUGGUCACACCGACAUUCCUUUCUAUAGCAGAUGGCUGUUUCCGCAGGGCAAUCACGCAGCCCCCACCCUCUACCACCCCAAUCCCAGAUUUGGAAAAUCACAAAGUUGAAUGUGAACCAUUGGAGGUGACUGGCCAGGGGUGCCUAAAUGGGGGUACCUGCUUUGUUGUAAAAAUAGGAGACAAUCGCGUCACAAAUUGCGCGUGUACAGAAGAUUAUACAGGUGAAAGAUGCCAAGAACGGCACAUUCCUCCCGAUCUCCUGCCAAGAUUGCACAGAGACAAGAUGAAGACUGCGAACAUUGCCGCAGGAGUCGUAGUUGCAGUAUUAGUUGUAUUUGUCGUACUUUUAGCAAUAUAUGUAUAUAUCAGGUGGCGACGAAAAAGAGAACUAACUCGAGAUCGGGAGUUUAAUGCAUCACCAGAAGAGCUUGGUUAUAGGCAACCUUUUAAUCGUAGGUCUUCAAUCAUAGAGAGUGAACAUAGGGCAUCAUUUAGACGACAAGGGACACCGAACCCGAGUCCUAACACAAACACAAAUGAUGUGAAUAUUAAUAUUAAUAAAGACUGCCAUUCACCUCAGGCCUGUUCUGAGGCCCCAACAGGUUCAGACACAACAGUGGGAGGUGGUCAUAAUCUAACGGUAGCUACCAUAGAGCCUGGGGGAGGUGCGAGAAAUACACAUGCUAUCCCGUCCCACACACAACCAACAAAUAACAUAGAGAAAUCUGAACAUUUGGAGACAAAUCUUUAGCAGUAGUAUAACAUAACAGUGUAAGCCAAGUACAUAAGAUUCUUGGAGACGAGGAUUUAGUGCCAACUGUCCAUCAUGAUUCGGAUGAAUCCUGUGUCAUGGAGCACUUCUUAAUAAAAGCUGGACAAAGACUCCAAAGAUUUUAUGUGGAGGUUUGAAAUUGUUUACAAGUUUAUAAUCUAUGUAUAUUUUGGCUAGAUUUUGUACAAGAUGUGUAUAUUAUAUUUGUAAGUUUUUAAAUAGAUAUUGAAGUAAUACGGUUUUAUAUAGACUUUAAUAUUGUUAAUUGUUUGGAAAUGCCUAUGAGUAAAAAGUCUUAGAUUGUAAAUAAAUAACAGCCUUUAUAUUAGGAUCUUCAGACCAAGUGCAAUGGAUGUCAUCUAAUUCCAUCUUGGCGUCAGCUAAUAAAUAAAUGGUGUUAGAUAGUGAUAGAUAAAAUGAACCUAAUGGAGAACCUUAUUCCUAUAGCUUUUAUUUGAAAUGGAUAGUAAGAAUUUAAGAACUAAAAAUGAAAGAAAACUGAAGUAUAAUCUAAAAUUAACAAGAUAUUAAUCGUGUCUCUAUAUUUACAUAUUGAUAUGAAUGUUUUAAUAUGGAUUCUAAAAAGCUUAAUUUGGUAUGAUCUGAAAAAAAAAUUUAUUUAAGAAAUAUUGGUUGUUGAAUUUUACUUGUGACAUAAACGAUGAAGGACCAUGUCGAAUCAUAUUUAGAAGUGUAGUACAUUUAUACUACAAGUGAUCAUAUUUGCGAACACUUCUAUGAAGUGUAUAUUAAAACC